UCUCAUUUAUAUCAAGAAUACUGUCGUACACAUCUUGUAUUUUCUCAUAUAUACUUUUGAAAUACAAAUUUUAAUCCGUUAUGGAAAAAGUGUUACAAAUCGUUAUUUAUACUGUAAUAAUUAAUGUGAUAAUUCUUACAAAGGCUUACAAUGUGGAAGUAGAAAAAGUUGGCAUUGCGAAGGGUGAGGUUGGCUCUCAGUUUGGUUAUACAGUUGCCUUGAUGCCGGAACCGGGAUGGAAAAAUAAAACAGACAUAAGCAGCCAUUUCUACAACCACGUUCUUUUAGUUGGUGCCCCAAAUGAGACUCUCAAUGGAAUAAGUGGCCAUGGACAAAUAUCGGUGUGUUCCAACGUAUUAGGGGAAAAUAUAAAAUGCCAGCUAAUAAAUAUAUCAGACACAAAACGAUGUGACAAAUUAAGGAAAGCAGAUCAACGCCGCACAUUUUGUGAAACUGACAGCAGACUAGGAGCGUCAAUGGAAGUGAACAGAAACUUUGCCAAAUUUUGGAACACUACAAGUUAUAAAACGAUUCCAAUGGUUAUGGUAUGUGCACCUGGAUGGAAAAAUCCUUUGUACGAACUGAAGGGCAAUUACCAGAAUUAUAUGGUCGGCAUGUGUAUCAAACUUACAGACCAGCUUACACAAAUAUCUUGUGAUAAAGAAAAAGACAAACAUGGGUGUUGGCCUUUUUGGGCCAGCGUUGCUGACAGGACUGCUAAUGAAAAUGGCUCUUCCGUCUUUACAUACGCCGAGGCAGGAAUGUCGGUGGCCUUCACGCAGGAUGGUUAUGAAAUCAUCGGAGCACCUGGCGUGGAUGAUUGGAGAGGUGCAUAUCGUUCUCCUAAUAAAGGUUGGAAGGUGCGUCUAGGGCAUUCCAGUUCAAAAACCACUUAUUUUGGCUACAAGCUAGACGCUGGAAAAUUCAAGAUAGACGCAGAUAUUUUGUCUGGUGUACCUAAUUAUCAUAUAACCGCAAAACAUGGACAUUACGGUCGGGUUGUUUUUCACAAAGGACAAAGUAAAAAGGGCAACAUAGAAUAUGGAGUUCGCUAUGAUUGUCCACAUGAAGAUGUAAUGAAAGAAACAUACUUUGAAAAAGCAAUUCACACAGAACAACAUGGAACAAAGUUUGGUGCUGCACUGGAGACAGUUGAUCUUACAGGAGACGGGUAUGACGAAGUACUGGUCGGGGCACCAAUGUAUUCCGAUCAUAAUCCAGACGAAGGCCGCGUAUUUGUUUACACAUUUUCUAAAACAAAAGUGUGCGGUCCUGUAGGAGUUUUCUCUGGUGGUGCAAAUGUUGAGUCAUUGAAAGGCAAAACUAGCUAUGCAAGGUUUGGAACGAACAUUGCAUCUGCAGGAGAUCUAGAUCUUGAUGGAUUUAAUGAUGUCGCUAUUGGAGCUCCGUAUGAAGAAGGUGAGACCGGCGCUGUCUAUAUUUAUAAUGGCUGUAACUGCAUUCUCAGGGACAAAUUUAGCCAGCGUAUUUCAGGCAGAAAUAUAGACCCUGGUAUUCGUGCACUCGGAUGGAGCAUUUAUGGAAACGAAGAUAUUGACGGUAACAGUUUCGUAGAUUUGGCGGUUGGUGCCUAUGCAUCAGACACCGUUGCAAUUUUGCGAACAAGACCUGUUGUCAAAGUGGACACUAAGAUUACCAUCAGCCCCAACUUAAUUCCAUUAAAUGCAACACUACUCAACUGCUCCGUUGAUGUCAAGAUACUUUGUUUUCAUGUGUAUGUCCAUUUUCAGUAUGAAACAGUUGGGCCUAGAAAGAAAUAUGUCAAGGCAGUGUCCUUGCUAUGGGCAAUGAAGGCUGAUACUCUUUACGAGAGAAGAGAAGAUACUAGUAGAGUUGUAUUCAAAGAAAAUAAUAUUAACAAAUGGGUAGAAAACAUCACGCUAGAAACCGGGAAAACAGCAUCUAAAGCUUUUACGCUUAUUGUCAAGGGAAAUCCUGAGCCGAAAGACGUCUGGACGAAAGUAAGAAUCGAAGGUACAAUGGAACUGACAAAAUCUGAAGGAAAUGUGUUCGAUGUUUUAGAUCCAGUAAUAAGCAAGGAUACAACCACAUUUAUUUCUAAAGAUGUUGAAUUCGACAAAAAGUGUAAGAGUUUAGACACUUGUACAUCCGACUUACAAGUGAAGGUAGAAAUGUUCGUAGCUGGAAUGGGCCAUAACAAGAAAAUUGACAACGAUACAGAGAUAUAUGUCGGUGAAGCUACCGAACUUAUGGUUGUUGUUGAAGUCAGAAGCUUAGAGGAUACAUCCCAUAAUGUGGUCUUUACAAGCAACGUUUCCGCGUUGAUGCGACUUUCUACCUUAUCAAACUAUGGCAUUGUGGAUGCAAGUUGUGAUUCGUCGAAUUUGGCGAAUAAUACCGACAUUAGCCUAACAAUAUGCAAAGCCAAUAACAUACUCUUCAAGGCCAGGAAUGUAAAGGUGAAAUCGUACUAUGACAUUUCAAGCUUGGUGCUUCUACCAAACAACGACGUUCUAAGAAUGAAAGACAAUAUAAAGGUCGAAGUUACAGCUGAUCAGGAAAAUCCUGAUGUUAACUUAGAUAACAACAUUUUUGAAAGACAAAUCAACGUGAAACUAAAAUACAGAAUAGAUAUUGAGGAAGAUAACACAGUCGCAGAUCAAAUAAACUAUAAUACCGACGUAAGUAGCAGACGACUGUUUAGCAUUGUUCACCGUUAUUAUAUCACCAACAGAGGACCUAGUUUCUUGCCCUUGACAUACGUCAAUAUCACCAUUCCAGUGAAGAAAGCUGACACCGAUAUAGCAAUGAUUAAGAAUAUAUCUGAGACGUGCUCUCUUACUGGCCUCCCAAAGAUGGUAUUAACUCAAGGAUCUUCUACGAGUCUCAUGAAGGAUGUCGAACAAGAACUUAGGUCUUCUUAUUUCAAUGAAAAUACAUACGUCGACAAAAGAGGACGCGUGAAAAAUAUUACAUGUCUUGACGAAAACUACGUUUGCGUCACCAUUGAGUGCAAGUUGACUGAUAUGGAGCAGCAUCAACAGGAGAUUAUCGAAUUUACAGUUGACGUAUUAGAAAAGGAACUUUCAAAAGAAAAGGGCGUGUAUGAAGUCAGAUAUGGAACCUUGGCUAUCAUGAGUGAUCCUUACAUCUGGUACGGGAACAAAACGGUAGCUUGGAACAAACCAGUCUUUGCAGAGAAAUGGACCUCAUUUAUACUUAAGCAGGAAUUAUUGGUACCAGAGGUGAAUAUUUGGAUAAUUAUUUCAAGUUCUGUUGGAGGGCUUGCUGUACUCUUUCUUGUGGUAUUUGUGAUGUGGAAGUGUAAGUUCUUUGAACGUAAAAGCCACGCCCAAAUACAGAAAUGGAAAGGCGAAAGAGGAAACGUUUCGUCAGAUCGAAAUGAGCUGUCAGCGGAUUUUGAUCCAAGUUGUAGCGGAUUGACAUCGGAGAACUAGCGUCACUGGUUCAUUUUAAUAGAGACAUAAAGUGUAUAUAAUUUGACUCAAAGAAGAUGAAAUGGUGCAUAUAAAUAUAAUAAAUGAACAGUAUUUUACUUCUUUUAAGUCUAGAAAUGCUUCACAUUCAGCUGAAUAUUCUAAUUAAGUUUGGUAUUUAAAUUGGAUAGUAUUUCGGAUAUCUUAAAGAAAUUAUUGUCUAUAUGUUUUGUUUGUGUUCAAAUAUUCCAAACAAAUAGGCAUUUGACAUUUUAUUUAUUUGUUUGAUAUGAAAUCAAAGCGGACAUCUUCUGUUUUUCUCGGGGUAAGGGUCAUGUGGGAAUUCUUGUUUGUUAUCUUUAUACUAAUAACGAAUUUAGAAUUCAAUGGACUUAUAUGAAUGAUUUCUUUAAUAUCUCCCAUAAAGAAUACGUCACUACGUGAACUACUUAAUGUAUAAAGAGAAAACUGAAGUUUAAAUUUAUUUGUUUUGCCGAUAUACAUGUAGAUCAGGACUCGUGUACGUAGGGUGGUUUAAAGUUACAUUCGCGUUAAGUUUAUUAGGUUCAUAAUGUUUCUAUAUACCAUUAAAAUGUAAUAACAUCGCCAGUAUCUUGACUUAUCGCAUAAUAUAUAAAAUGUACAUGUACAUACGUUUAUAUGAAAAAUGAUGUAUGAAUUGAUGUCUUUUAUUUAAUUUGUAUUAAGUUUAAACUAAUUUAAUUUUGGGAUGAAAGUUUCAAGCUUAUUUGAACCAUUCUCGAGUCCACUUCCAUAUAAGAAGCCGUGGUCGUGACCCCAUGGAGCUCGACCACGUUCCCAGGGUUGAGCGGCUGACACCUUAACCACUAGACCAGCGUUCUACUUUGUAUUUAAUAUUAUAUAACUGUAAAUAGAAAAUAAACUUGUCGUUUACUG